AUGGCCCCGCCUCGCGCGGCGGCGGCGGCGGCGGCGAGAAACAUGGCAGCUAGGCGAAUUGCACAGGAGACUUUUGAUGCUGUAUUGCAAGAAAAAGCUAACCGAUAUCACAUGGACCCCAGUGGUGAGGCCGUAGGUGAAGCUCUUCAGUUUAAAGCUCAAGAUCUUCUAAGGACAGUCCCAAGAGCCAGAGCAGAUAUGUAUGAUGACAUUCCUAGUGACAGCAGAUAUACUCUGGCUGGAUCUGUAGCCCACCCUCGAGACACUGGAAGAGAAAGCCUGAGAGGUGAUGUAUUUCCAGGACCUUCCUUCAGAUCAAGCAAUCCUUCUGUAAGUGAAGACAACUACUUUCGCAAAGAGUGUGGCCGGGAUUUGGAAUUUUCCCACCCUGAUUCCCGAGACCAGGUUUUUGGCCACCGGAAAUUGGGACAUUUCCGUUCUCAGGACUGGAAAUUUGCACUCCGUGGCUCUUGGGAACAAGACUUUGCCCACUCCGUUUCUCAAGAAUCCCCUUGGUCACAGGAGUAUAAUUUUGGUCCUUCUGCACUACUGGGGGACUUUGGUUCCUCCAGGCUGAUUGAGAAAGAGUGUUUGGAGAAAGAGAGUCGGGAUUAUGACGUGGACCGUCCAGGGGAGGCAGACUCUGUGCUCAGGGGCAGUGCCCAAGUCCAGGGCAGAGGCCGAGGUCUAAACAUCGUUGACCAGGAAGGGGCCCUUUUAGGGAAGGGAGAGACUCAGGGCCUACUCCCAACUAAAGGGGGAGUCGGGAAACUUGUCACACUAAGAAGUGUGAGUACAAAGAAAGUACCCACUGUAAAUCGUAUUACUCCCAAAACUCAGGGCACCAACCAAAUCCAGAAAACCACCUCAAGUCCUGAUGUGACCCUGGGGACAAACCCAGGGACAGAAGAUAUCCAGUUUCCCACUCAGAUCCCUUUGGGGCUCAAUUUGAAGGAUAUUCGGCUCCCCAGAAGAAAGAUGAGCUUUGACCUCAUAGAUAAGUCUGACGUUUUUUCAAGAUUUGGGAUAGAAAUAAUCAAAUGGGCAGGAUUCCAUACCAUAAAAGAUGAUGUUAAAUUUUCCCAGCUUUUCCAGACUCUCUUUGAACUCGAAACCGAAACCUGUGCUAAAAUGCUCGCUUCGUUCAAAUGCUCCUUAAAACCAGAGCACAGAGAUUUUUGCUUUUUUACUAUCAAAUUUUUAAAGCACUCUGCUUUGAAAACACCCAGAGUUGAUAACGAGUUUUUAAACAUGCUUUUAGACAAAGGUGCUGUGAAGACCAAAAAUUGCUUUUUUGAAAUCAUAAAGCCCUUUGACAAGUACAUAAUGAGGCUUCAAGACCGGCUCCUGAAGAGUGUAACACCCCUGCUCAUGGCGUGCAAUGCCUAUGAGCUGAGUGUCAAGAUGAAGACCCUCAGUAACCCCCUGGACUUGGCUAUUGCCCUGGAGACCACCAAUUCUCUCUGCCGGAAAUCUUUAGCCCUUUUGGGACAGACUUUCUCCUUGGCGUCUUCUUUCCGGCAGGAGAAAAUCUUAGAAGCCGUGGGCCUCCAAGAUAUAGCUCCUUCUCCUGCCGCAUUUCCAAAUUUCGAAGACUCUACUCUGUUUGGGAGAGAAUACAUCGAUCACCUGAAGGCCUGGCUGGUCAGCAGUGGGUGUCCGCUCCAGGUCAAGAAAGCUGAACCUGAGCCAACCCAAGAGGAGGAGAAAAUGGUUCCUCCUACCAAACCGGAAAUUCAGGCCAAGGCUCCGAGUGGUCUGAGUGAUGCAGUCCCUCAGCGAGCGGAUCACAAGGUGGUGGACACAAUCGACCAGCUGGUCACUCGUGUUGUCGGAGGCAGCCUAUCUCCCAAAGAGAGAGCUCUUCUCAAGGAGGACCCUGCUUACUGGUUUUUGUCUGAUGACAGUAGUCUGGAAUACAAAUAUUACAAACUGAAGCUGGCAGAAAUGCAGCGGAUGAGCCACACCUUGCCAGGAGCAGAUCAAAAGCCAACAGCGGCAGAGUGUGCGGUCCGGGCCAUGCUGUAUGCUCGGGCGAUCCGCAGCCUCAAGAAGAGGCUCCUCCCAGGCCGGCGGCGGGGGCUGCUCCGCACCCAAGGGCUCCGGGGCUGGAAGGUGAGGAGAGCAACCACUGGGACCCAGACCCUCCUCUCCUCGGGCACCAGACUGAAACACCAUGGCCGGCAGGCUCCAGGUUCAUUGCAGGGAAAGCUGUCCCAGCCAGAUGGAAAUGAAACUGCCAAGGACUGCCCGCCUGACCCGGCCGGACCCUCUCCUGGGGACCCCAGCCCAGAAGCCUCGGGCCCAUCCCCCAAGCCAGCAGGAGUGGGAGUCUCUGAAGCCCCUCAGACCUCCUCUCCCUGCCCAUCUGCUGACGUUGACAUGAAGACCAUGGAAACUGCAGAGAAACUGGCCAGAUUUGUUGCUCAGGUGGGACCAGAGAUUGAACAGUUCAGCAUAGAAAACAGCACUGACAACCCUGACUUGUGGUUUCUCCAUGACCAAAAUAGUUCAGCCUUCAAAUUCUAUCGAAAGAAAGUAUUUGAGUUAUGCCCAUCGAUUUGUUUUACAUCCUCUCCACUGAACCUCCACGCCGGUGAGAGCGCUGAUUCUCAGGAAAGCCCCCUUGAUCCCAUGGAAGGGGAAGGAGAGUUUGAAGAUGAGCCCCCGCAGCACGAGGCUGAGCUGGAAAGCCCAGAGGUGAUGCCUGAGGAGGAUGAGGAGGACGAGGAGGAUGAGGAGGAGGAUGAGGAGGGGGGCGAAGAGGGCUCCACUCCUAGAGGGGCCUCCAGGUCAGCAGGAGGGGCGGCCAAGUCCGAGGGCUCUGAGGGCAGCCCCCCCACUGAUGGCCUCACGAGCGAGGCAGCUGAAGAUGGCCCAGCUGGUGCACCUGCCCUGUCACAGGCCUCCUCGGGGGCCUGCUUCCCCCGGAAGAGAGUCAGCAGCAAGUCCUUAAAGGUCGGCAUGAUUCCAGCUCCCAAGAGGCUGUGCCUCAUCCAGGAGCCCAAAGUUCAUGAACCAGUUCGCAUCGCCUACGACAGACCUCGGGGUCGUCCCGUGUCCAAAAAGAAGAAACCCAAGGACUUUGACUUUGCCCAGCAGAAGCUGACUGACAAGAACCUGGGGUUCCAGAUGCUGCAGAAGAUGGGCUGGAAGGAGGGCCACGGCCUGGGCUCCUGUGGGAAGGGCAUCAGGGAGCCCGUCAGCGUGGGAACUGCGUCGGAAGGGGAGGGGUUAGGUGCUGACGGGCAGGAGCACAAGGAAGACACAUUUGACGUGUUCCGUCAGAGGAUGAUGCAGAUGUACAGACACAAACGGGCCAACAAAUAGAAUCCACAAACUGCAGUUUGCUUUCUUUAAAAACCACAUAUGGAGUCUCUUCUACCAACGGCUGGGGGUGUGAACUCUUCAAGAGGCUUCAUUCCUGGCCUGCGCAGCAGCAUGAAGAAUUGUGUUAUCAGGGCCUUUGUACAGAACAGAAGCAGGGCGGGCCGGCAGCUGCUUGCUGUUUCUAGGCGCGUGACGGCUGCCCUUCAUCUUCCCCCGGCGCACCCUCCUUGCAGCUACGUGCGAAGUUCUCAGGCCGUGGGGGUCUCGAGCCUUUCUCAUAAAGCAGCAGUGUGGAAGUUUUAAAUCUUUGCUCAGAUCUGGGGACCUUGGGAUUCUGCUGACACUGUGAGCUCGGGGUGGGGGGGCCCACAGCCGUGAGUUACCGUGUUGGCCAAUCUUCCCUUUGUCUUGUGGGGCCCACACCCACCAUCACAGGCCUGUGCUGUGUCUCUUCGUGUCCAGUGGAGUCUCCAGGCUCUCCUUGCCCCUGGUUGCUCCUGUUGCGUGGGCGCCCGGCAGAUCUUUAUGGCCAGGGAGAUGAUGGAGGUGCCUCAGCAAAGUCGAAGCAGCCUGCAGGGGCCGUGUGGUAUAGGGGAACCACAGCUGUAGGGGUUCAGGUUCAUCUCCUUUCUUUCCUAAUCCUUCCAGUAGCUUUCCUUGCUGGCCGUGGGUUGAGCGCAUGGAUGGAACUCUGAGCCAAAAGACACCCCUUUGGCAGACUGCCUUUGACAGAGUGCCCCAUUGGCCCCGAGCAAGAUGUGGACUCCCCCAGUAGGUUCUCACUCUUUCUCUGCAGCAUAGAUAGCUCUGACCAUCAUAUGCACGUUGUGCUAGUAUAUUCGUUCUUGGCUCUCUCCGCUUCUAUCUGUAAGUAAAAUGCUUUAAGAAUUCCCAGGGUAUAAGCCCUGUCCCCGCAGCCUCCUGCCACUCUUCCUCCUGGGGACAUCCCGCUUUGAGCUGACCCUGGGAGCCUUUGGCACAUGUCAAAGGGAACACCUCCUUCUUGAUCCUGGAAAGUCCUGUGAGCACUCAGGUGAUGCUUUUCCUGUGGGGCUGGCGUCAUGGGAGCCGGGGCGGAGCCUGGUGGUGCGUCCUCGCACCGGCUGUUGGCCAGGGACCAGGGCACACGGGCCCUCUGCGCUCGCCCUUGCGCUCCCUGGCAAAGGCUGCUCUCAGGGAGUGUGCGUGCGAGCGCGAUGUGCGGUUGCAUAGCCUUGUCAAAGUCACAGUGUCUUUUCUGUCAUUCUAGUUCCAGGGUCUCUUCCAUGAGGACGACAGGCAUCCGGAAAGUGCUAACUCGCCACUUUGGGUGCUUACUGUCUCUGGCUUGUUUCCAACACUGGAAAUCAUAUAGAGAAUUUUAGCAUUUUUGGUCCUUGGUAAAACCUAGAAGACAUUUGUGAUGUUACAAAACGGAAGUUUUUUGUUUAUUUUGUUUUUGUUUUUGUUAUUAUUAUUUUUUUUAAUCUAAGAAGUUGUGAAUGUUGUUAAUCAUUUAGCAGUUGCAAUAAAUGUAGA